CUGGCUCUGAUUCCCGAUGGCUGCGGGGAGCUGAGAGGGGACCAAGCGCGCGAGGAGGAGCCGAGAGUCAGGGCCCCCCCGCGAGCCGCCGCCGCCGCCUCCCUGGGAUCGGCCAGACGCAGCGCGGGUGGCUCCCCAGCCCGGUGGGGACGCAGCUGGAGUGGGCAGGGGCCGCGGGCGGCGGACACAGCGGCCCCGUUAAUGAGUAGCGGCCGGCGGGGCAGAUUUCUGAUUGUCUUGGAGGUGGCAGUGAAGCCCACCUUUAGCACAGGAAGAUGAGUGAACUUGACCAGUUACGCCAGGAGGCUGAGCAACUGAAAAAUCAAAUCAGAGAUGCCAGGAAAGCAUGUGCAGAUGCCACUCUGGCCCAGAUCACAGCCAACAUUGAUCCAGUGGGUCGAAUUCAGAUGCGUACUAGAAGAACAUUGAGGGGGCACUUGGCUAAAAUUUAUGCAAUGCACUGGGGGACUGAUUCCAGGCUUCUAGUUAGUGCCUCCCAGGAUGGCAAACUUAUCAUCUGGGAUAGCUACACCACAAACAAGGUCCAUGCCAUUCCCCUGCGUUCAUCUUGGGUGAUGACCUGUGCAUAUGCCCCCUCUGGAAACUAUGUGGCCUGCGGUGGUCUUGAUAACAUCUGUUCCAUUUACAACCUGAAAACUCGUGAAGGGAAUGUACGUGUCAGCCGUGAGCUGGCUGGUCAUACAGGUUACUUGUCGUGCUGCCGUUUCCUGGAUGAUAAUCAAAUUGUUACGAGCUCUGGAGACACCACUUGCGCCCUUUGGGAUAUUGAAACUGGCCAGCAGACGACCACAUUUACUGGACACACCGGGGAUGUCAUGAGUUUGUCCCUGGCUCCUGAUGCCAGGUGUUUUGUUUCUGGUGCCUGUGAUGCCUCUGCCAAACUGUGGGACGUUAGAGAAGGAAUGUGUCGGCAAACAUUCACUGGCCACGAGUCAGACAUCAAUGCCAUCUGUUUCUUCCCAAAUGGCAAUGCAUUUGCCACAGGUUCAGAUGAUGCCACAUGCAGGCUCUUUGAUCUUCGUGCUGACCAGGAGCUUAUGGUUUAUUCACAUGACAACAUUAUCUGCGGCAUCACCUCUGUAGCAUUCUCCAAAAGUGGACGUCUCCUCUUAGCUGGUUAUGAUGACUUUAACUGCAAUGUCUGGGACACGCUGAAAGCUGAUAGAGCAGGUGUCCUUGCUGGCCACGAUAACCGUGUCAGUUGCUUAGGUGUGACUGACGAUGGUAUGGCAGUAGCAACAGGAUCAUGGGAUAGCUUCCUCAAGAUCUGGAACUGAAGUCUGUAGAUAAGCGACGGACUCCACCGUGACUGGAAGACAUUUCCAGCGGUUGAAAACUAAAAUGAUAGCAUAUCCAAUCCAACCAUACUAACUUGGACCCCCAUUCUCCUCAAAACUUCGAAGGGCAAGAUCUUUUACCGUCUCCUAUUGCUGAAAUGAAGAGCACAAUUACUUUUCAAAGAAGAAUUUCUGUAGUUGUAAGCAAAUGA